CGAACGUGCAGGACCAAGAGUCGACCUCGAGCGAGGAGCUGAUCCACGACUAUGUGACGGUCACUCUGAGCGGCCUGGACCAUGAGCCAGCGGCACGGUCCAAGUUGGAGACGCUGCACAAGAUGCUCUGGGACGCGGCCAACAACGGGGGUGGCGAUGGGACGGCAGGCGCAGUGCCAGCGAAGUGGAAGGAGCUCAGCGAGCACUUCGAGAGCGCCACUAUCGACACGCCGGACAAGGUCAGGGUCUUCAUGGAGCAAAGGGCCGUCAAGGGGCGGUUCGGCUUCACAAAGUUGGACAAGGACCUGGGCCAGUUCAUGAGGGGCGUGAUCCUCUGCGGCUUCUUUGGGUCGUGCAAGGACAAGCUCCUCGCCAUCGCGGCGUACAUCACCGAUCAGGUGGAAGCCAGGAAGGCCUCCUCUCUCGAGCUGGACAUCUCGAAGAAGGUCAAGAUCGAGGCCCAGCUGGACAACCAGGUGUUCAAGGAGUGGUCCUCGCUCGACAAGAUGCUGGAGGUGUGCAUCGUGGUGCAGGGUCUGGACCACACGGGCAAGUUCUCUCUGAAGCGGGACUCAGAGGUGACGAAGACGUUGGUGGACUGCAGGCCUGGCAAGAGCCGCACGGUGUUCUCAAGGAAGAUGAAGGCCGUCUUGAAGGCCUCGAACCCGGUGGACGAGAUCCUGGGCAUG